AUGCGGGCAGCGGCCCAUGCGGCUCACUCCUUGGCCCAGCCGCGGGGGUGGUUCGCUGCAUCGCCGCCAUGCAGCAUCGCGUUGCGCAGCAGCGCUUGCCGGCGCGGCGGCAAGGCAGCGACAGCACUGGGGGAUGGCAGCAGCGGACCCGGUUCAGUAGACGGCAGAGGUGGAGAUGCUGGGGGCAGCAACACGCCAGGUGGAAAUCUGGCGAGCGCUGCUACUCAGUUCAAGCCGCCGCUGGCGCCACCCACGGCGACGCUCGGGAAGCCGCGCCGCAUCCCUCAUGCCGCAGGGGAGGGUGCCGGCGCGGUCGCGGCUGCAGCGGCUGAGGAGGUGCCAGCGGGGGCGGUACAGGCGGAGUCUGCCGUCCCGUGGGGAGGCGUGGUGGCUCUAGCAGCAACUGCGGCCAUGAUAUGCAGCAUCGACCGCGCGGCAAUGUCAGUUGCAAUCCUGCCCAUGGCGCAGCAGUUCGACUGGUCUGACACCAUAAAGGGCGAGAUCAACGGUCUUUUCUUUAUGGGCUACACCAUCACCAACCUGGUCGGCGGCUACCUGUCCGCCACUGUUGGCGCCAAGCGCACCCUGGGCACUGGCGUGGUGGUCUGGAGUUUCUUCACAAUGCUCACGCCUGCCGCUGCGGCGACGCGCGCUAUGCCGCUGUUGCUGGGAACGCGCUUCCUAAUGGGGUGUGGGGAAGGCACGGCCUACCCCUGCGUCCAGAGCGUUGUGAAGGGGUGGGUGCCCCCCGGCAGCCGCAGCCGCGCGCUGACAAUGGUCUACGGUGGCGGUCAGAUUGGCACCAUCCUGGCCCUCCUGACGGCGCCGCUGAUCAUCGAACGGCUGGGCUGGCCCGCCGUGUUCCUGGUGUAUGGCUCCUUGGGGAUGGUCUGGAUGGUGUUCUGGCAGACAAUGGUGGGCGAGGUUCCUCCGCUCUUCAAGCAGCGGGAGCAAGAGCAGCAGGCGGCGGCAGACGCCUCGACCCAAGCAGCAUCACCGGAGACCGGCAGUACCGGUGGUGCUGCCAGGAGCAGCAGCGGCGGCAGCAGCAGCGGCGGCAGCAGCAGCGGCGGCAGCAGCAGCGGCGGCAGCAGCACUGGCAGCAGUGGCGGCGGCAGCAGCAGCGGCAGCGGCAGCGGCAACAGCAGCGCGUGGCUGGCCCCGUCAGACCCAAUGCCCAGCCUGUUCAAACUGCCGUGGCGUCGCUUCCUGACCAAUCGGGCAUUUAUAGGCCUGAUGUGUGCACACUCGAUGUUUGGGUCGGGGCACUACAUCAUUCUCAGCUGGCUGCCCAGCUUCUACAGCGAUGUGUUCCAUCUUGACGUUUCCAGUUCGGCCACUCUGAGCAUCUUCCCAUGGGUGGCUAGUGCAGUCGUGUCUGCCAGCAGCGGGUGGAUUGCAGACACCCUGGUCAACAACGGCACCCUCACGACUACUCAGACCCGCAAGCUGAUGCAAAGCGCCGGCAUGCUGCUGCCUGCAGCCUGCCUGCUGGUGCUGGCAGACGCGCAGGACGGCCUGGGCCUGGAAACGGCCAUCCCCCUGAUGAUCGGGUCCGUGGCGCUGGGCGGUUUCCAGUCGGCUGGUUUUGCCUCCAACCACCAGGACAUUGCCGGGGACCGGUACGCCCCCGUGCUCUUUGGCGUCACGAACGCGCUCAGCAGCCUGGUGGGCAGCGCCUCGGUCUACGCCACAGGCGUGCUGCUGGACGCAGGCAACUCGUGGUCGGCGGUGUGGACCCUGGUGGCUGGGAUGUAUGUGUUUGGCACGGCCGGCUACCUGCUGCUGGGGUCGGGGGAGCGCCAGUUUGAAUAA